AUGAGUACCCAUUCAUCCACUAAGACAUCACAUCCGACCGCCACUACUGCUCAUAAUGACAUCACUCCUACCGGUGAUGGACAGUCCGUCAAGACAUCCCACACGACCACUACUACUGCUCCUAAAGACACCAAUACUGUCACCCCUACCAUCGAUGAACAGCCCAUGGAAUCUCAUUCACACGACCCGAACACACAAAACACACCAUCAAUGGCCACAAGACAUGCGAUGACCACUUAUGCCCGUAAUCGUCAGCCAAUGAAAUCUCGAUUUAAAGGAUUCGCUAAACGAUUGAAAGUUGGGAACAGUUCACCGAUGCUUAUGAAGAAGACAAUGGCGCCCAUGAGUUCACGGAUUUUAAAUUGCAAAGUAUGUCUGUAUAGCACACGAGACCAUCUGAUGCUCACCCGACAUAUGCUACGCGACCACUCUUCCAAUGAACACCCAAUCCAUGGCACCGGCACCUCAUCGACCACUUCUGGCCGUAGAGUACCCUCUCAUUCACUAUCCUCUUCGCAGGCGUCAUCGUCAGACACCUCGAGAUCCAGUGAGCGGUCGGUGUCAAUGGAUUUCUACUUAAACUCAUCGGACAGUGAAAGGCGUCCCAAGACAUCGCACUCCCUGUCCACUCGAGAUGUAAAUUUCGAGGUCAAUGACGUGGUUUGGGCUAAAUGUAAGGGCUUUCCCUGGUAUCCGGCGAUUGUUGUUGACCCCAACCGGACAGACGAUUCCGAUGGCAUACCAGUGCCGUCCGUCAAUGUAUUGGAUUUGCGACCAAAUGGCACGCAAUGUAACCAUUAUUUGGUUAACUAUUUCGAUGCCCAACGCUUGUGGCAAUGGUUACCCCGUAAUAUGUUGGAGCCAUUGGGUGUGGACACGGAUAUGGAUCGCAAAAAGUUGAAAGAAGUUCCUGAUAAUCUUAACGAAGACACCAAUGCAGACAUGAAUGCAUCGAAAGCUCGUCAAUCAAAUGCAGUGGUAUUCAAGAAGUGGUCCACAGAUACCACGCAAACGAUAAUUAAAGGCAAAAGUUGUGACAAAUACUCAAAUGAUAGUCAAAAUGAGUCAUUAGUUUCUGAUGAUCUGAACGAAGAGCCCAUCGAUGAAGACAUGAAUGCAUUGAAUACUAAUGACACGAAUUGCACACUAAAUGCAAUACAAUCUCAACACAAGAACUCAGAUAGCAGUCCAUCGACUGAUACAUCGAUGGAUACAAUGAGUGAUACACAAGGUUUGGACACAAAUUGGCGAAAGUCUUCACCAAAUGAGUGCAAAGAUAUGGCAAACGAUAACUCAAUGGAUUUUGAAUGCAAUGAAUGCCGACAAGUGUUUGACACUAAACUCGGUCUCGAAAUACAUGUGAAUAGAGUUCACAGACUUCUCGAGACAUAUGUCUGCAGUGAAUGUCUUCAGGAGUUUCUCACAUCGGAUCAGAUCUCCAGACAUAUAUCCGAAGAGCACUGCGAAGACGUUCAGACAAAUCGCUUUUCGUGUGAAUUAUGCGGUCAUAAGUGCGAUAGUAUUGAGCCAUUCAUGACACACAUGACCACACAUUUAAGUGAUAAUAACAGAUCCAUUGUCACCGAAAGCCAUACUAAUAGCUAUACCUGUAAUGGACAGCUCUUCAGAUGUAAUUCGUGUGACUUUAAGUCAAUUUACAGACAAUCGUUGGGACGGCAUAUCCUGAGGAAUCACUCAAACACUCCUAAACCCUUCGACCCCUUAAGACCCUUCGAGUGUAAUAUCUGUGGGAAUUCCAUACAUCGCAAAGGCAUGCAUUCAAGUGCGAACUCUGUCCAUACGCCACAUACCGGAGCUCAUACAUCAUCACCCAUAUGUCCAAUAAGCAUCGAUCGGCGGUGGAAUAUGUUGCCGAUUUUAGUUACAGAAACGCCAAACUUGCCGCAAAACAAUGCAUUCGGAUUGGAAGAGCCGUUCGAUGAAGACAUGAAUACAUUGAAUACUAAUGACACGAAUUGCACACCAAAUGCAAUACAAUCUCAACACAAGAAUUCAGACAAUAGCUUAUCGACUGAUACCAGUAUAGAGACUGAAGUAUCGAUUGAAAGCCAGAAUUUGAAUAAAAAUUGCGGAAAAUCUCCACAAAAUGAAUGCAAGAAAACUUUAGACUUAAAUAAUAAUAAUUCAAUUGACUAUUGGUGUUAUGAAUGCCAACAACUAUUUGACACAAAAUCUGAUCUCGAGAUACAUGGGAACGGCGUUCACAGGAAUAUCGAGUCAUUCGUGUGCAGUGAAUGUCUGCAGGAGUUCCUCACAUUGGGUCAGAUAUACCGACAUAUAUACGAAAAGCACUCCAAAGACAUUACGAAUCGGUUUUCGUGUGAUUUAUGCGAUUAUAAAUGCGAUAGCAUUGAGGCAUUCAUGGGACACUUGGCCACACAUUCAAAGGUUAACACCAAACCAAAUGAUACAAUGGAUAAGAAUGGUCGACGACUGUACAGAUGUAAUGUCUGUAACUUCGAGACGAGGUAUUGUCAAUCGUUGACCAGACAUGCGGCCUCUCAUACCGAUAUUCAGCGGUACUUCAAAUGCAACGUUUGUGGGAAGCGCUUGAAAACCGAGAAUAUCUUAAGACAACAUAAGAAGGAAUUCCAUACAAAACAGAGAAAUGCCUACAAAUGCACAUUAUGUAGGUUCACGACCGGAACACUUUUCUUAACCAACAUAUGCUAUGCCAACAUUCAAUGUCCGUAUGAUCUGAUCGGCCAAAUUAAGACCAAGUGGUCGUAA